AGAAAUUUUACAUUAGUAAUUUAGAGAGAGAAAGAAGAGAGAGAGAGGAGGUAAAUCUGGCAAACGCAGAGGGUUUGAGGGCACGGUCGUCGUUGAGGCAAGGUUGGAUCGGUGAUUACGGCGAUGACGAAGACGACGACGGCCACUUGAGGCCUUGCUCUCGGAGAUUCUUGUCGUCGGUAAUGGCGCUCAAGCUCACUUGCUCCUCCGCCUCCAGAUUCGCUCUUCUUUUUCUACUCCUCGCCGCCAUUGCCACCGCCUGCAUUUUCCUCCCAAUUGAAAAGAUAUUGAAGGAUUUCUUGAUAUGGGUUAAGCAGGAUCUUGGACCUUGGGGUCCCCUUGUCUUGGCCAUUGCAUACAUUCCUCUUACGAUCCUAGCAGUUCCAGCUUCAGUACUUACGCUUGGUGGAGGCUAUCUUUUUGGAUUGCCUGUGGGGUUUAUUGCCGAUUCUAUUGGUGCAACAAUCGGUGCUACAGCUGCAUUUGUUCUCGGUAGAACAAUUGGAAGAUCAUAUGUUAUCUCCAAGUUAAAGAACUAUCCGAAGUUUCAAGCUGUUGCCAUUGCAAUUCAGAGAUCUGGCUUUAAGAUAGUUCUACUGCUUCGGCUUGUUCCUUUGCUUCCAUUUAACAUGUUGAACUACCUCCUGUCUGUGACUCCUAUUCGGAUAGGGGAAUAUGUGCUGGCAUCUUGGUUAGGGAUGAUGCCCAUAACAUUUGCCCUAGUGUAUGUUGGAACAACUCUCAAGGAUCUCUCAGAUGUAGCACAUCGAUGGAGCGAGAUGUCAACAACUAAUUGGGCAUUUAUAGCAUUAGGAUUCGGGAUAUCCAUGAUUCUACUCUUUUGCAUUACCAAAUUGGCCAAGGCUUCUCUGGAGAAAGCACUUGCCGAAAACGCUGAAAUAGAAGGCAUCUUGUCCCCAUCGAUGUUGCCAAUUGUGUCGAAUUCGGGCGUGGACCUUCAAAAGCCUCUCAUCAUCAAAAUAGACACGUUGGAAGAAUCUCAGGAGAAAUAAUCCCUCCUUUUUUUUCCCCCUUUUAUAUGUAAAUUCUUUAUUUUCACCUCUUUACACCAUACAGUUGCUUAGCUUUGGAUGUGGACGAAGUUAGGAAAUAAAGAAAAUUAAUGAGCAAAAGAGAUUGUAUAUAUCUAGCAGUCCUAUCUCCUUCCUCUUUUUUUUGUUUUGUUUUUUUGUUUUUUUUUUGUUCAUCUACCUUAUAUUUAUC